UGAAAGUGUAUUCACAGUUUAGCCCGGUGGACGAAUGCAGGAACAUCCUUACUGUGAACCGACACGCAAUUGAGAAAACUACGGAACAGAAGGCAGAAUGGGUUUUAAGGCCUUAGUUCUUCUGCCACUCCUUGCAGUCACAGCAUUCGGUGAUUACCAAAAUGAAUACCAGUCUUAUUCAUUUUCAUCACAAGUGGGCUCAGGGCAGGGGCGCUCAUACGCAAUCACCGGCAAUGGAAGGAUCACCGGAGUCCGAGUGUGGGAGGCCAACAAUAACUACAUCUAUGGCCUCCAAAUUCGCUAUGGCUACACAUGGACCAACGUUACGGGCUACACUUACGGCCAACAACAGGAGAUGAUUUUGUUUGAGGACGAGGCCAUCGUGCAGCUCUCCGGAAAGUAUGCCCACUACAUACAAAGUCUGGUUUUCACCACCAACCUGGGCCGUUCCCUGUUUGCGGGCCAACCUCAGGGCCACACAUUCAACAUGUAUCCGACCAAUGAGAAGGCUGAACUGCGGUUCCUCAGCGGCCGGGUCCACGGAGCCAUCACCGCCAUUGGGGCCCACUGGGCUGUUGUCUCUGAUUCUCACGAAACAACUCGUAAACUCUUGUAAUACAGGCAUCAUCUUUGUUGGAAAUGUUCCAAUUUAAUCUUUCUACUUCCCUGUUGAUGCUUCAUCAUUUUGUACCCUGAUUACGUCUCUUCGCAUAGCGAACGUGUGAAAUAGUUAACAUCUAAUUAACGAUCGAACCUGGUAAUCAAACAUUGUCAAAGCUGUUGUAUCACCCAGCUUCAGUUGUUAUU